AUGACAUUAGAAAAUAAAGGCAUUUUUGAAUGGGAUGUUAUUAUUGAGAAAAAAAGCAUUCGUUCUUGGGUCGGAGUAUGUGCAACAGAAAAUUUCAAUUAUGAAAUGGCUGCAGGAUUACAAUCUACUGGAUGGGUAUUAGGUUCUAGUGGUUGUGUUCGUCAUUCUGGAAUUAGUAUAGAAAAUUAUUGUCCUCCAUUUGGAGAUGGUACAAAAGUUACAGUUCAUUUAGAUAUGAAUAAGAGAACUUGUUCUUUUACGAUCAAUGGUAAAAAGUAUCGAGAAGUAUCAGAAUGGAAUUUACCAUCAAAACUUCAUCCAGUAAUAUCUUUAUAUUAUCCUGGUCGCUUUCGAAUUCAGCCUCAUGAAAGUA